AUGGCGCUUCCUACCAUCGACUUAAAGAUUCCCGAGUAUGAGGAGUGUCAGCACAAAAUCACAGACUUUUUAUCGCAUUUUAAGCAAGAAGUAGCGCCUUCGGCAACGAGCGCUGGUGCGGCUCUUCAAAAGCCAGAGGGGUUUGAUGAAGAUGAUUUAUUAAUGGAAGAUAUUGAAUCCGCUGGCAAUGGACCACUGCUAAGAGCCAAAUACAUGGAUAUUUUACAGGACGUUGCCAAUAGAAAGCGAAAUGUCAUCACAAUUGAUUUGAACGAUCUUUACGAAUUUGAUCCUAGUGAUAUCAAGCUCCUUUCAAAUAUUGAAGGGAAUACGAAGCGUUUUGUUGAGCUCUUCUCUCAGUGUGUAGAUGCCUUGAUGCCACCUCCUACUGUCGAUAUAAAUUAUAAAAAUGAGGUAUUGGAUGUAAUUAUGCAGCAGCGUCUUCAACGCAAUGAAAACCUCGAUCCUGAACAAAAAGGAUUUCCCCCAGAGCUCACGCGUGGUUAUGACCUUUAUUUUUAUCCCAUGACUCGCAACAAAAAACCUUUUAGUGUACGUGAUCUUCGCGGUGAAUAUUUAGGCUCUCUUGUUACUUUACGCGGAAUCAUUACACGUACAAGUGAUGUGAAGCCAAGCUUAAUUGUGAAUGCUUAUACUUGUGAUCGCUGUGGUUAUGAAGUCUUUCAGCAAAUUCGCCAAAAAACAUUUUUACCUAUUACAGAAUGCCCAUCCGAUGAAUGCAAAAAGAAUGAUGCAAAGGGUCAGCUUUUUAUGAGUACUCGUGCAAGCAAAUUUCUUGCUUUCCAAGAGGUUAAGAUUCAAGAACUUACCAACCAAGUCCCAAUUGGCCAUAUCCCUCGUACAAUUACUGUUCACUUGUAUGGUGCAAUUACUCGCACGGUGAAUCCGGGUGAUAUUGUUGACGUUUCUGGUAUUUACCUACCGACUCCGUACACUGGUUUCCGUGCUUUGCGUGCUGGUCUACUCACUGAUACUUACAUCGAGUGCCAUGCCAUUUCACACUUAAUUAAAAGUUACACUAAUACUGAAGGAACUGCAGAAACCGAGGCUACAAUCGCCGAAUUACACAAAGGUGGAAACGUAUACGAAAAGUUAGCAAAGUCGAUUGCUCCAGAAAUUUAUGGUCACGAAGAUAUUAAAAAGGCUUUACUUUUGCUUUUAGUGGGUGGUGUAACCAAAGUACUUGGUGACGGUAUGCGUAUCCGUGGCGAUAUCAAUGUCUGUCUUACUGGUGAUCCUGGUGUCGCCAAGUCUCAACUUUUAAAAUAUAUCUCCAAAGUUGCACCUCGUGGUGUGUAUACAACAGGUCGUGGUUCAUCGGGUGUUGGUUUGACUGCUGCUGUUAUGCGGGACCCUGUCACGGAUGAAAUGGUUUUGGAAGGCGGUGCUUUGGUAUUAGCUGACAAUGGGAUCUGCUGCAUUGAUGAAUUUGAUAAAAUGGACGAAAGCGAUCGUACCGCUAUCCAUGAAGUAAUGGAACAGCAAACCAUUUCUAUUUCAAAGGCAGGAAUAACUACCACCCUGAACGCUCGCACGAGUAUUCUAGCUGCUGCAAAUCCGUUAUAUGGCCGUUAUAAUCCAAACGUUGCUCCUAUUCAUAAUAUUAAUCUCCCAGCUGCUUUGCUUUCGCGUUUCGACGUUUUAUUCCUUAUCCUUGAUACCCCUUCUCGCGAAACCGAUGAGCAUUUGGCUCAGCACGUUACCUACGUUCAUAUGUAUAAUGAACAACCCAAGAUGGAUUUUGAACCGCUAGAUCCCUCUAUGAUUCGCCAUUACAUUUCAGCUGCUCGACAAUAUCGUCCUAUUGUUCCUAAACAUGUAUGCGAGUACGUGACUGGUGCAUAUGUUCAACUUCGUCAGAACCAAAAGCGUGAUGAAGCAAGUUCAAGACAGUUUUCCCAUACAACCCCGCGUACACUUCUAGGUAUUCUUCGUAUGGGACAGGCGCUUGCUAGACUUAGAUUUUGCAACACAGUGGAAAUCAGCGAUGUUGAUGAAGCAUUGAGGUUGAUGGCUGUUUCUAAAUCUUCAUUAUAUGAAGAUUUAGACCCUGGUUAUCAUGAUACAACGAUUACCUCUAAAAUUUACAAAAUUAUUAGAGAUAUGCUCAAUAAUGCUUCUAUUGAAGAAGAAAGCGGGUCUUCAUUGUCUCUUCGUACCAUUCGAGAACGCGUUCUUGCGAAGGGGUUCACCGAAAAUCAUCUUCUAAACACAAUUCAGGAAUACACGGAAUUAGGCGUUCUACUUACUACGGACAAUGGUCAAAAUGUUAUGUUUUUAGACCCUGAUAUGUAA